CCGGCAGGGAGAGCUGUGCCCCUGCUGCACACAAGCGUGUCCCAGGUUCUGCUGGAGGCACAGGGAGGGCAGGGGAAGGACUGGAAGAAGGAGAAGAGAGCCGUGAAGUCCCCCUGGAAAGUCCCUCCUGUCCCGGCCGGGAGCCGGCAGCUCCAGUGUCAUUUCCCGAGCCAAAGAGCAUCUCCCUGCCCUGGCUCUGCCAUCGGCAGUUCCAGUGUCAUUUCCCGAGCCAAAGAGCAUCUCCCUGCCCUGGCUCUGCCAUCGGCAGCUCCAGUGUCAUUUCCCGAGCCAAAGAGCAUCUCCCUGCCCUGGCUCUGCCAUCGGCAGCUCCAGUGUCAUUUCCCGAGCCAAAGAGCAUCUCCCUGCCCUGGCUCUGCCAUCGGCAGCUCCAGUGUCAUUUCCCGAGCCAAAGAGCAUCUCCUUGCCCUGGCUCUGCCAUCGGCAGCUCCAGUGUCAUUUCCCGAGCCACAGAGCAUCUCCCUGCCCUGGCUCUGCCAUCCCAUCCCCGUGCCAGCGCUUGGGUGGGCAGCGAAGCCUGAGCUCAGUUUUUGGGGCCGCUUGGGCCCAAGCUCUGCGUGCUUACGGAUUGUCCCGGUUUGAUGGCAAUUGUAUUCGCUUUUUGUUACAGCCCAGGUGAUGUGAGAAGAAAACCAGGGAGAGAUUGGAGAGUUUCUGCCCACUGCCUCUUCGCUGAGGCGCUCCAAUCUCUCUGGGAAUGUCCCUGCUGUCCCCAUGCAGCCUUGGCUGGAGGGAUCCUGGGGGUGCCAAGGCUCCAGCAUCAUCCUGGGGCCCCCAGCACGAGACCCCCUGACACCACCUGUGCUGCCCAAACUGGGCUGGAGCACCCCAGCUGCUCUGCCAGCCUUAGCAGCGAUGGAUGUGGAAGGCACAUCUUUGGGUUUAGGGAUUUGGGUUUGGUUUUAGGGCUUGGCCCCUUCCUGGCACACCACCUCCUGUCCCUGCUGAGCUCUCCCCCAAUCUCAUCCUCACCACCUCAAGGGCAACUGGGGGCUCCUAAACCCCCAGCAAAUCCAAGCCUGAGUUCAGCUUGUACUUUUUGCUGGGAAAAACAGGAACUGGCCGUUGCCCGAGUGAUACAUUUUUGAAAUUAGCUAUUCCAGUUAAAACUCCCCCACCAAGAUUUUGCUUUAGGAACAGCUUAAAGUAGCAGUGGGGCGGGCAGGGGGGCACAUAGGGCUGCCAGGGUGGGCAGGACCUCACCUAUCUCCCUGCUCUGGUCUGGAUAGAGCCACAUGAGCAGACUCCUCCUUGCUCUGCCCACCUGGAACCGGGCUGGCCAGGCGUGUCUGGAGGAAGCGCUUCCCUUCUCCAGCUGGUUUGGAUUCACACAGCCCAGCCUUGCUCGCAGCUCCCUCCUUCCCAGCCUUCCCGCUGUGCCCCAGCAGCCCGGAUUUAUUAGUACAAAUUGGAGCUAAAGGCCAGGUCUCAGCGGGGUGGGACAGAAUCAGGGCUGUUUUAGUGUAGCCAAGUGCUGCUUCAUCUCUUGGGCACCAUCUCUCUUCUCUGCUAGAAAAGCGUUCAAAAACAAAACCAGGAGGGUCCGAGGCCAGGAAGGUCGGAGAAGUCCCCACGGCUGCUCCAGCCCUUCCUGUGCCGAGGUGUUUGGAGCUGGCAGUGCUCCGUGGGGUGGCACUUUCUGGUGCUGUUGUGCUGUGUACUCUCACCGGGCGAUGCCCUGGGGCUGGGCACGGCGUUCUCUUCUCUGGGGAGAGGGUAAUUAUUUAUAAUGAGUGGUUUUGGUGCCUGCUGGGAGAGUGCGUGUGCGUGUGUGCAAUUAGGGCUGGGUUGGGAGAGCCUGAACGGGACUGGAGGGGUGGAGCUGUCCCCGCUGCCCUGCGGACAGAGAUGGGGACGGGUGGCUGCCCUGAGAGCAGUCCGUGGGACCGGAUCCCUGCCUGCUCUCCUGGCUCCGGCUGCUGGUGCCGCUGGAUCCCGAGGGAGCUGCUGGCAGCCCGGCUGGCAGGUCCCAGCUCCAGUGGCAGCAUUCAGAGCUGCAUCAGCGACGCGGUUCUGCACACUCGGUGUGGCGAUGGAGAUGCCAACCUUGUGUCUGAAGGGCAAAUCUUGCCUCUGGCCCUGGAGCGGGGGCUCGGGGCACCCCCAGGCGAGGGCCCAGCGCCGGGGUCCCGCAUCCCACAGCGGGACAGGGCGGGAUCAAUGACUCCGCUGUCUCUUGGCACAGACCUGCGCCCGCUGGACAUCCUCUCGGAGGCGGUGCCGGCCGGGGGCCCGGCCCGGGGCAUGCGGGUCUUCCAGGUGCAGGGGGUGCGCGGCUUCCAGCUGUCCCCCGCACGGCCCCGCGCCCUGGGCUUCCCCGCCUCGCGGCUCUUCAUCCACUGCGACCGCUUCCCCGAGGAGUUCUCCAUCAUCGCCACGCUGCGGGCGCGCCGCCGCCCCGCCAAGAGGAACGAGUACAUCUUCACGCUGAUGGUGGAGGACAGCCCCAGCGUGCUGGUGGGGCUGCGCUACGCCCCCGACAAGCUGCACUUCCUCUUCUGGAGCCAGGAGCGCGCCGGCGGCUGGCAGACCCGCGUCACCUUCCCCAACGUGUCCCUCUCCGACAACCAGUGGCACACGCUCAUCCUGGCUGUCUCCGGACAGUCCUUCUCCUUGACCGUGGACUGCAGCAUCCCCAAGGAUGUGGUGGUGGAGACACCAUUUCCAGCCUCGCUGUCGGUGAGGAGAGCCAGCUUCUACCUGGGCAACCGGCGGAGGAGGAAAGGCGUGUUCACGGGCUUGCUGAGACAGCUUGUCCUGCUGCCAGGAGCUGAUGCCACCCCCCGGAUGUGCCACGCCGUGAACUUCAAAGUAGCAACGCUCUCUGUCCCCAGUGUCCUCCAGGAUGUCCCUGCGAGGCCAGUGAGCAACGAGGUGCUCAAAUACCCCUACGAGGCUGACAUGAAGGUGACCCUGGGGGCCCGGCCACGCUGCUCCAAGCAGGAGAAGGCUCAGUUCUGGUUCAACGCCUCCCGGCGAGGGCUGUACCUCUGCAACGGCAGCACCUGGGUCUCCAUGCUGGAAGUCCAACACAGGCUGGACUACGUGGAGGAGCACCAGAAGCUGGUGACCAACUCGGAGACAAUGGGCAUUGAGGUGUUCAGCAUCCCAAAGGUGGGGCUGUUUGCAGCCAUGGCCAACCGGCUCACGCCCCCGGGAUCGGCCAUCUACAGGUGGACCGACGGGAAGUUUGUGCACUACCAGAACAUCCCCACCCACCAGGCUCAGUCCUGGAAGUAUUUCACCAUUGGGAAGAAGAUCUUCCUGGCAGUGGCGAAUUUUGAGCAGAAUGAGAGGGGUCAGGAGUUCUCUGUAAUCUUCAAGUGGAGCCGCAGGAAAGCGAAGUUCCUGGCGCACCAGCGGAUCGCCACGCACAGCGCCAGGGACUGGGAGGCCUUUGCCAUUGAGGGAGAGGCUUUCCUGGCUGUGGUCAACCACAGAGAAGGGAACAACCACAACAUAGACAGCGUGAUAUACAGGUGGAACCCCAGGACAGGGCUGUUUGAAACCAACCAGACCAUUCCCACCUCUGGAGCCUACGACUGGGAAUUCUUCACCAUCGGGCCAUAUUCCUUCCUGGCUGUAGCUAACACAUUCAAUGGCACGUCCACUAAGAUCUACUCACACAUCUACAUCUGGCUCAGUGGCUCCUUCCAGCUCUUCCAGUCUAUCCUGACAUUUGGUGCAGCUGACUGGGAGGUUUUUCACAUUGGGGACAGAGUCUUUCUGGCUGUUGCCAACAGCCACAGCUAUGACAGCGGGAUGCCAGCACCCUCCAACUUCUAUGCCAUCAACUCCUCCAUCUACGAGCUGAACAUCACAGCCCAGAUGUUUGUGAAAUUCCAGGACCUUCUCACCUACAGUGCCCUGGACUGGGAGUUCUUCUCGGUGGGAGACGACUCUUUCCUGGUGGUGGCGAACUCCUUCGAUGGCUUCACCUUCUCCGUUAACAGCAUCAUCUACAGGUGGCAAGGCUACGAAGGCUUCGUGGCAGCCCACCACCUCCCCACGGUCGGCUGUAGAGACUGGGAGGCGUUUCACACCGCUGAGGGCUCCUUCCUGCUCUACUCCAGCGCCAAGGAGCCGCUUUCCAAGGUGCUCAAGCUGAAAACCACCUGAGGCAGCUGAGACAUGCUCAGCUCAUCGCCAGCUCCAGGGCAAGCUGGGCUGCCAGGUGAAGAUGGACCACAGAGCCCAGGAAUGGCUGCAGCCUCAGCUGGGCAGUGGCUGGCUGUUCGCUCUGCAGGAAGGGAGGAGGAGGAGGGGGGAGCUCCAGGGCUCCCUGCAGCCUUGUCCAGGGGGGUUGUUUCUCCUGGGAAAGCUCUGCCACCAUGCUCCAGAGCCAUGUCCUACCUAAGGUCCUGGAGGCCAGGUGCAUCCCCUGGCUUACCAGGACCAUGAUGCUUGGCAAUUUGCAGUCCCCAGGAGGGACCCAGAGCCGCUAGCAGCUGUGGCCAAAGCUUGCACAAAGCCAGGGAAGGAAGAGGCAGAGCAGAGCAUGAGCUGCUGGGAUGGGUGCAUGGCAGAGCAGAGUAAACACGUGAGAAAUGGCAGAAAAAAACGUGUCCAGGCCUGGCUCUGGCUGCCUGGGGCUGUGACACUCCUGAGGAACAUCUGGUUUGACAUUGCAGCCAUUCUUCAUGUCACCUUCUUGCCACUGCCACAGGUGCCUGCCCACCCUCCUGCUCUGCCAUGGCUGGGUUGGAUCUCCCUCAACAAGUGUUGUGUGUUUUGUUCAGACCUGUUGGUGUGUUCGAGGGCCAGUGCUGGUCCUUGCUGGUCCAGGCACCUUUGCAUGGGGUAGGGACCCCUGAGAAAACCUGCUUUGCAUUUGGACCCAUCCAGCUAUCACGGGAAUGGGGAAAAACCCAAACCUGCUUCACGUGAAACUGUGGCCUCUUUUCUUUUCCUCACCUUUGCUGGGGGACUCUUUUGCUUAACCAGAGCUCUAAUAAACUGCGUGCACCCA